UUCCUAGGUAAUGUGAUAAAACUUCACACAAAACCGUUUCCAUGUUGUGAAAUGAAUAAUUUUGUCAUGGGAGAAAAAUUCAUCCAACAACUCAUUUCAGAUUUGAGUAAUAUAGAAUUUUUUCAAAAGAGUAAUGAUCUCUAUAAAUUUAAGCAGAGUAAUGAUUUUAAAAUUCUGAAACAGAAGAGCACCAAAGUUGUGAGAGAAUUUUUUCUGAAUGAGUUCAGAAGAUGGAUAUCUGAGGUAACAAACAUGGAGCUGCUCAGUGUGGUCGAUUUAACGUCAUCCAAAUAUUCUUCCUCUGAUGUGCUGUUGUGCCACGAUGACGAACUGGACAGUCGAAGGAUAGCAUUUGUUUGGUACCUGGUCGAUCCUUCAUGGAGCCAGUCGGAUGGUGGAGAGUUGCAACUCUUCAAUUCAGAUGGUAACAUGGAACCAACAGAUGUGUCUCUCUCUCUCACACCUGCAUACAACAAGCUGGUCUGGUUCGAAGUUUCCGAGUACUCCCAUCACCAAGUAUCAGAAGUAUUGUCGGAGAGGAACUGUCGUCUGUCAGUUCAUGGUUGGUUGCAUUCGAAACCCUUGCCUCGGGUAGCCAGGUUCAUAGAGGCUCCACCUGCAUUGUACAGUCACUGCGAGGUUCAGGAAGAUCUUGUAAGAGAGUGGAUUAGUCCUCAAUAUUUGGAUGCAGUCGUCCAGGCUGAAGUUAGGUUGAACUUUGAGAAAACGUCAGAAAUCCAAUUACCCAACUUUUUCAUUCCUGUAAAGUAUAAAUUAAUUUGUGAGGCCUUCAAAAGAGCAGACUUGCCAUGGUAUUUGAAAGGUCCCGUCAACAAAAGAAAGAUAGGUGAGGAGGAUGAUGUUGAUGCUAAGAAUGAAGAGCUUCAUCUGAUCAGCGCGUGUUUGCGACUGUUGAGGUCGGAGGCUUUCUUCCUCAUUCUCUCUAACAUGACUGGACUCAGAUUUCAUAGAUUUGUGCCGAAAUCGAAUGAGAAUGCAAGUGAUGACGAUGACUAUGAUGAAACUGAUGAUGAGAAUAUAAAUAAUGACAUUAGUGAUGAAAAAUAUUGUGCAAAUGCAGUUGAACCGCCAUCGUCUGCAUCUUCUUCAAUGGCGUGUCCUGAAAAUGUUCCCAGGAAGCAUAAAUUUGAAUGUGGCGAUGGAAUGGAAUAUUGUGAAGUGGAAACCAAAAAACAAAAAGUUCACAGUUCUGAGGGCAAAGAAGAUGAUCGUGUUUUUGAAUCUUGUAAUGAGCUCAUCGACCAUGGGUCAUGUGAUGCUAAAUGCUCCUUCUCAGUUCGCAAGUGGGGUCAUGGCUGCUAUGCAACAGCUAAUAAUCACAUCCUUGAUAACGAAGCAUUAGAUGCACUCAUUGCUUUCAACUGCGAUGAUUGGAACUAUGAACAUGGUGGUUUUACAACAUACAUUUCAAAAGAUGAAGAUGAAGAGCUACUGACCAUAGAACCGAAAGAAAACUCAUUGAAUUUGGUGUACCGUGAGAAAGACACAAUGAAUUUUGUUAAGUAUAUAGAUAGUAGAUCAACUAACAACGCAUUUUUUGAUAUCUCCUUGACUUAUUUCGAAUAAAUAUUUUUAAUUUUGCUCAUAUUUAUUAAUAAAUUCAAAGUCAAA